AACAAACAGUGACAUCAUGGCUUCAGCGGGUCUGCAGCUCCUUGCUUUCACCCUGGCCUUAUCUGGGGUCUCUGGAGUACUCACGGCCACCCUGCUGCCCAACUGGAAGGUGAAUGUGGAUGCAGGUUCCAACAUCAUCACGGCCAUCGUGCAGCUGCAAGGGCUGUGGAUGGACUGCACGUGGUACAGCACCGGGAUGUUCAGCUGCACCCUGAAGUACUCCGUCCUGGCCCUCCCCACCCACGUGCAGGCUGCGCGGGCCACCAUGGUCCUGGCCUGUGUCCUGUCUGCCGUGGGGAUCAGCACGUCCAUAGUCGGGAUGAAAUGUACACGCUUAGGAGGGGACAGGGAAACCAAGAGUCACGCUUGUCUUGCAGGGGGAGUCUGUUUCAUGUCUGCGGGGAUCUCUGGUUUAAUACCGACCGUGUGGUACACGAAGGAGAUCAUAGCGAACUUUCUGGAUCUGACAGUUUCAGAAAGCAACAAACAUGAACCUGGAGGAGCCAUCUACAUUGGAUUCAUUUCGGCCAUGCUGCUGUUUAUCUCUGGCAUGAUUUUUUGCACACCCUGUAUAAAAAAGAAUUCAGAAGCUUUGCUGCACCCAUCCAAGCAGCAGCACGUCUCUACCACACAGCCAGAGGACAAUUCAGCAUACCACCUGAAGGAUUAUGUGUGAAUAACUGUGUGAUCCACAUGGAACUUUUAGGUGCCUGCUGUGACUUCUGUC